AUGCUUGAUGCCGCUGAUGACAAGUUGGAGAAGGAAUGGGCUUCCCAGCAAGCAUCGGUGGAGAAGACCGUCAAGACCUGGAUCAGUGCAGCGGCAAAGGCCAAAGCCAGGGCCACUUCCAAGAAGAAAUCGGCCAAAGAUGGAAAGGCGGAAAAGUCUGAGAAGAAGGCCGACUCCACCAAAAGCAACCAGACAGCCGAGAUGUUUGCCCAGCUUGGCUUGGACUUGCCGGAGACAGCCGAUGCCCAGGUUCAGGUGCUGAAGGAGCUGUUGGAGCAGGAGAGCAAGAUUGAGGAGUGCGUGGCACGCGCCAAAUCAUCCGUUCUCAAGGCCACAAGCGUCCCCAUCACCAAGCUGGCGUCAGAAGAGGAACGCACCCACAGAAGUGCUCGCGCCAGAGUAAUGCAGGAGGCGUUGGAAGCUGCCCAGCGAAUGGAAACGCCAGAUGGCGGGGAUUGUGGCAAUGCUGAUGCCGGCUGCUUGGGGCUUCACGCUAUGCAAGCUGCGUUCGCAGCGGGCCAGGGCCAGGGCUCCAUCACGAAGGGCAAGAAGAGCCGCAAUGACGAGGCCAAGGAGGUGUUGCAGCUUGGCCGUCACCUUCUGAAGUGA